UGAGACACGUUUGAUACUUGUUUACUCAGGGCUAAUGAAGCUUUACUCUAACCAAAAUGAUGGUCAUCCACUGAAAUGUUCGGAAUGUUCGUCUAGAGGAGGUGUAACCGAGUGCUCAAAGGACGGCUAAGGUAUGCUAAUAAGAGGGACGUCAUACAAGGCAUAAAAAACCAUAGACGCCCUCCUUCCAACAAACUUAUUGCCGACUACUCGCAGCCGGUGGCCUGCCCUUUCUCUUUUCAACUGUUGCUUUACUCGCGAUCACCGCAGAGCUGGAGAACAUGCUGUUUUGGCACUCUCAGCCUGAAACCUACAAUCAGCAUAACCAAGCCAAUUACAUCAGAGAUGCACUAGCCCCAUUCUUGAAACACGAGGAGGAACGCCGGUCAGCUGAGAAUGGUGCCAAAAUGCCACCUUUUCAGUAUGUGCUCUGUGCACCUACUUCCCCAGCUGUAAAAGUCCAAGAAGAAACACUCACCUAUUUAAAUCAAGGUCAGUCCUACGAAAUCCGUAUGCUUAACAGAAAACUAGUGGAGUAUACUGAUAUAAGCAGCAAGUGUGUAAAGAGCAUUGUGCGUGUGGUGUUCCAUGAUCGGCGCCUGCAGUACACUGAGCACCAGCAGCUGGAGGGAUGGAGGUGGAACAGACCGGGUGACAGGAUCCUGGACAUUGAUAUCCCGUUGUCUGUGGGAGUAAUGGAACCUCGCGCACACCCACUGCAACUCAACACCAUUGAGUUCCUCUGGGAUCCUGCGAAGAACACCUCUGUGUUCAUUCAGGUGAACUGUAUCAGCACUGAGUUCACCCCUAGAAAGCAUGGUGGGGAGAAGGGGGUCCCGUUCCGAAUUCAGAUUGACACCUUCACACAGAACGAGCAAGGAGAGUACCUGGAGCACAUACAUUCUUCCAGCUGUCAAGUUAAAGUCUUCAAGCCUAAAGGAGCAGACCGCAAACUGAAGACAGACAGGGAAAAGAUUGAGAAAAAGAGUCUUCAGGACAAGGAAAAGUAUCAACCAUCUUACGAAACCACCCUGCUCACAGAGUGUUCACCUUGGCCAGAUGGCCCCAGUAUAUCCAGCACAAGCAGCACACCAUCUCCAGUUUACCAUAGUUCUCCUACCUCCUACAGCUUCACGGAAGGAAACUGCUCUCCAAACCAGCAGGGGGAGCUACUCCUAUCUGGCUGUACAGACCACCUGGCCCCGUCGUCCUCACCUCAGGACACACAACAGUGGCUCCACCGUAACCGGUUCUCUUCCUUUUGUAGACUGUUCUCCAGCUUCUCAGGUGCUGAUCUGCUGAAGAUGAGCCGAGAUGACUUUAUCCAGAUCUGUGGUCCUGCUGAUGGAAUCCGUUUGUUUAAUGCCAUUAAGGGGAGGUGCAUACAGCCACGCCUCACUAUUUAUGUAUCGCAGCAGCAGAACAGGAAUCAGCACCAAACCAAGCCAAAUGGUGGAGAUGUAUAUCAUGCUCUCUACUUGGAGGAUUUAACUGUCCUUGAACUGAAAGAGAAGAUAGCCCAUUUAUAUACUGUCCCACCACAGCAAAUCCGCCAUGUGUAUAGACAAGGGCCCACAGGGAUCCACGUGCUGGUUUCAGAUGAGAUGGUGCAGAAUUUCUCUGAAGAGACUAGCUUCGUUCUCAGCACACUUAAAGAUGAAAAUAAUGAUGGCUACCUUGUUGUACUGAAGUGACCUGAGUGUGCUGCUAGAGGGGAAUUUCAGAGCGUUUCAGGUUGUUUCUGCCAAAGUAACUUUGGGCAGGUUUAAGGGCAUCUGCACUGCAUGAUGUGUGGAGAGUCGAUGAUGAUAAACAUGAUUAUGAAAUACUGCUAUUGUUAUAACAGUGGUGAAAGAAAAAAAGUGGCAAAAAGUGUAGGUGCCCUUGAACAUGUGUCUAGUUUACAGAACAUUUUUAUUUUGUUAUAUAUUUUUAUAUUAAGUUAUUCAUUAAUUUUUGGAUGAGAUACGUAUAAUAAUUUUUUUUUCAUAUGAAUGAGCUCCUCUUGAAAUGUUGCCUCUAAAUAUAAACAUGUUUUGUCUUGGUCACAAAACAGAAAAAUAAUAAUUAUUCUUAACUCAUGCCUUAAAACAUUGAUGAAAACCUAAAAUCUACAAUAUUACUAUCAUUAUUGCUUAUUGCUUUUCCCAAUGUUCAGUUCUUUUGUGAUCAGAGCUUAGAGUUUAUCCCACAUUCACCUUGUUGUUAUCUAUUUUAAGCCUUAAUAAAAUGUUAUUCUUUGCUCGUAAUACUCAAUGAGGCCUCUUUGUUACACCAAUGACAGAUACUAAAUUGUUUUGAAAAUAUUUCAUUGAUUUACCAUGUGCUCUUCUGUAGAUUCAGUUGGCAAUGUUUCAUAUCCUCCGUGGAAAGAUUGUCUUGCUUGACUGUUAUGCCUCUGUUUUCUUAACUUUUAUCCGUAUCCUUUCACUUCAAGUCCUUUUAAUGCUUUUUUUAAGUUUCUUUUUUGUUUUAUCAUUCUCUCAGUCGUUUUCUUUUCUAUUCCCACAAACCCUUGAACUUUAAAGCAAUGAUUUUACCAAGCUGUGUUGUACAUAUUUUGCCAUAUUGAAUGUGUGGUCAUUAACUGUUCCUGCGUUACAUGUAAUUAAAUUGUUCCAAAGCUUAGGAUCAAAAUGUUGCCACAAAAGUAUUUUGAGGUAAUGUGGUGUGUGUGUGUGUGUGUGUGUGUGUGUGUGUGUGUGUGUGUGUGUG